AUGACAGAGGAGUUUCGUCGGUCAACUCUUGAGAAGAUACGAGAUCAUCCAAAUUCUCAAAUUUUGUUCGAACUUAUUUUCAAACGACUGCAACUCGAAGAUCUUGCUUUGAUAGCGCCGAUUGUGUUGGAGAAAACCGAUGAUGGGUACGCCAGUUUCGAUUCUAUAUCCAGCCCCGAUUUCUCGAGUUACGCUCUCAAUCGUCAUUACAAAAGUGAUACUAUUCUGGCGCUUGUCGGUGAAGAAUUUUACAGAGAAAACGAAAGAAAACCUGAAACACUGUCAGAAGUCGCCCAGAUCAUCCAGAAAAGAAUCGAUUUGAGAAGCAAUAGGAAAAUUUUGGAGAAAAAGACCACGAUCGAGUUCAGCACGGAUAAGCCGCUCGUCAGAUUCUCCCAUUCAUAUCUUGUUACAAACAAUGAAUCGAAGCCGAAAGGAUUGGAGUGCGAGAACUCGGAGGAUGAUUUGCUUUUCUUCAAAAUAAACCGAGAAAACACCGCACCGAAGCUAGAACUCGCCCAUCCUUGGUUUUUGACUAAAGAUAAUCCUUAUUACUUAUCAAAAAUGAUUUCAAUGUGGCUUCAUCUUCAAACUUCUCAAGGCAUUGAAAGCAAUCCGGAUGGGAAAUGGACUUGGUGCCUCUCUGACAGUAAUUUGAAGUUGCUUGACCACAACAUUUCUCGACAGCGAUCAUGGCGAAAUCUCACUGCUAACCUGCAAAGAAAUAUUCAUCCCAUUCUAAAGGAGAAUCGACACCUGGAAAACAAGGAGAAGAAUGAAAUGCCCAUGACAAUCGAUUUUGUGAAUUUUUCCGAUGGCGACAGCAAAUUGAUCUGGGCAUUUGAUUUUGUCCGCACGGCGCGAUAUUACCAAGCAAGCCAUAUCAACAUGAGAUUUAUUGAUGAUGGCUUGUGGCUCCUGAUGAUCGAUGUUUUUGACUCAGAGGGUUACGAUAAGAUACUCUUUAUCAACUUGGAGAAAAAAGAAGUGAAGUCGUACAGAUUACCGCACCAAUUUCUUGUGGCGUCAGCAUCCUAUGGUUUUUACGAAUCUUCUCUUUACUAUGUGCGAGAAGUUGGUUAUUCAUUCAGCGACGGAGAAAAAUACCUUGUAUUGGGGUAUUUUUACAAGGAAGAACUAGACGAUUGGGUUGAUCCUGAUUGUUUGAAGCAUCUUUGUUUCUUUGAACGAGGCGAUUUGACGAAAGAGUCAGUCCUAAAAAUCGGAACAAAGGGAUUAAUUCAUAUCGUUAUGGACCCAACUGAAUCACGAGUCUUCACAGUCACAAUUGACCAGAUAAAAGGGGGGGCUGAUGAGUGCACGUGCAAUUUCGGCUUUAAUGUUGACUGGUGGUACGAUGUCCCCGCGAAAGCAACUUUGCCAUUUAUCAAACUCGAUGAACUAUGCAUCACAAAAUACGAAGAUUUGUCGGAAAAUCUUGACCCUGAGCAGUCUGAUAUCGGCUACAUGGAUGGCAACAAGCUUCAUUUCCUCGUCUGA